AUGGAAUAAAAAUAUAAAGGAAGAUAAUAUUUAGAAAAAUUAAAAACUUUAGACAAAAUUGAUAAUAGAUUGAAAGAAAGAGGUAUGAACGAAAAAGAAAGAAAAAAAAUGUACACUAAAGAAGAAUUAAAAAUGUUAGACGAAAUAAAAGCUUUAAAAUCGAGAGGUUUUCGUACUUUUAAAAAUGAACUUGAUGUAGGGGAUGAUGUUAGUAUUUCUCCGCCGAAAGAAGGCUAUAAUUAUGCUGAAUUAGAAGAAGAAUUUGGAGAUGGAAAUAAUAAUUCUUAAAAAAAAGAAGUUAAUACAUUUAUUUAGAAACUGGGAAAUGGGGAUAAUAGAAGAAUAGAUACAUUAAGUAAUGAAGAUUAUGAUAAUUUUAUUGAUGAUUAAAUAAAAGAUAAAUAUAAAAGUAAAGAUGAAUUUAUUAAAGUUUAAAAUUAAGAAGAAAGCCAAAAAGAUUUGGAUAAUUUCCUUUAGAAAAAUAAAAAUAAACUAAGUGAUAGCUAUAAUUCUAAUAAUAAUAAAGAAUAAGAGAGAUAAAAAAAAGAAGAAGAAUAAAGAAAGGAAGAAGAGAGAAAAAAAAUAGAAGAGCAAAGAAAGAAAAUAGAAGAAGAAAAAAGAAAAAGAGAAGAAGAAAUAAAAAAAAGAAAAGAAGAAGAAGAAGAAAAUAACAGAUUAAAUUAAUAAAUAGAAAAGAAGAAAAGGGAAGAAGAAGAAAAGAAGAAAAAAGAAGAUGAAGAAAGGAAAAAAAAAGAAGAAGAAAAAAAAAAUGAAGAAUAAAUUAAAAAAAGAAAACAAGAAGAGGAAGAAGAAGAAAAUAAAAGAUAUAAAUAAAAAAUAGAAAAAAAAUAAAAAGAAGAUGAAGAAUAUGAAGAAUAGAAAAAAAGGGAAAAAGAAGAAAAGAAUAAAAGAGAAAAUGAAGAAAAGAAGAAAAGAGAAGAUGAAGAAAGGAGAAAAAGGGAAGAUGAAGAAAGGAAGUAAAGGGAAGAUGAAGAUGAAGAAAAAAAUAAAAAAUAAAAUGAAGAAAUAAAGAAACAAGAAGAAGGUAAAAAAUAAGAAGAAGAAAAUAAAAAAUAAAAUAACGGUUUAGAAGGAUUUGAGGAAAUAGAAGAAGAUUAUCCGGAUGAUUUUGAAUGA